UUCUCGCUCGUUGGGUGCUGUGCGAAAGCGCACGGAACGGGGCCGAAGGCCACAGGUCUCGACUGCAUGCGCAUCUUGGGCCAACCGCGAGUGCUCGGAGGAAAGGAUUGAUACACUGUAGCCGCUGCUGCCUUCGGUUUCAUUGUAGAAAUGGCACCACGGAAGACAAGGACGUCCAGCAAGGCAGCUACUGUUGCUGCAGUGUCACCAAAAGAAACCAGCAAAAAGUCGACAAAGAAGUCAUCUUCUCAGAACAGUCACCACAAGUCUCCACAUGACAAGACUAAGGCAAAGGCUGUGUCAGCUAAAGAAAAGGCAUCUAAGAAUGCAGUUGUGACAAAAACAUGCAAGCCACAGACUUCUGGCAGGAGCUCGAAGCCAUUGAAAAAAGAUGUUGCUUUGAAGCAAAAGACACCUGACCAAAUCAACAAGCCAUCUAGCAAUGGAUUUGCCAGUGAUGUUACUGUAAAGGUAGAGCCUCAGGAGGCAAUGAGUGUGGACAAAGCUUCUGGCACCAAGGCUACUGUUUCAAGAAGUUGCGCACUCUUUCAAAUGCAUUGCCUUGUCCACCAGUUACGGUGAAGCGUUCAUCUUCACCUGUUGUGGCUGAUAGUGCCGACACACCUGCCUAAGAAGAAGAAAACAAAUGGCACAGUAUCCCAGGCUAAGCUGCUGAAAAAAGGAACUGUGAAGAACUCCAAGUUUGUUGGAGCCCACAUGUCCGUGAGUGGUGGACUAGAGCUUGCGGUAAGCAGAGCCGUGUCGAUGGGAGCCAGGUCGUUCGGCCUUUUCCUACGUUCACAGCGUCAGUGGGCUGCCAAGCCACUCAUCCAGGAGGCGGCUAACCGGUUUCGUGACGCAUGCCGUGAGCACAACUUCGCACCACACCAGAUUCUGCCUCACGGAUCGUAUCUGCUGAACUGUGGCUCCCCCGACCCUGUCGUUCUGGAAAAGAGCCGGGCCACUUUGGUCGACGAACUCAAGCGUUGCGAGAUGCUUGGUCUCGUUUACUACAACUUCCAUCCAGGUUCGACGUGCGGUGUGAUAAGCCGCGACGCAUGCAUGGAUCUAAUUGCGGAGAGCAUCAACCAAGCACAUAAGGAGACCACAUAUGUCAUAUCAGUCAUUGAAAACAUGUGCAAACAGGGCAACACAAUCGGCGGCGACUUCCAGGAGCUGCGUGGGAUCAUAGACAGAGUGAAAGACAAAUCGAGGAUCGGCGUCUGUCUGGACACAUGCCAUGCCUUUGCAGCAGGCUAUGACUUGGCAACACAAGAAGGCUUUGAGAAGAUGAUGAAUGACUUUGAAUCCAUCAUUGGAUUGUCAUACCUGAAAGCACUUCACUUGAACGACUCAAAAGGAAUAGUGGGCAGCCACUUGGACCGUCAUGAAAACAUAGGCCGUGGCAAGAUUGGCUUGGAUGGAUUCCGACGAAUCAUGAAUGACCCUCGACUGGAUCACCUCCCCAUGAUCCUGGAAACUCCAGAGACUGACUAUGGUGUUGAAAUUGCACUCCUUAACAAACUUUGUUCCUCAUAAGCACAGGAAGCCUUCCUAUCUACCUCAAGCAAGCAUGCCAUUGCACUGUGCAGACGUGGUUAAAAUAUCAUACCAGAAUCAAAUUGAAAUGAUUUUACGGUUGUGAUGACGAGGAAUCGUUGAACAGGGCAUGCCAUUCAAGCUUCCAAAACAUUCACAUUAUUACUCCCGUAAAACAUGGGCUAUAUUUGAUGGUUUAACUACUUGGCAUAGGUUUCAAAACUUUGUUUUUCCUAUCAGCAUUAGAUAUGCUUUUUUUUUUUUUUCAAAGUCUCAGUGCAGCUGCUGGCACAGUCGUCAGCAUACUUAUUGUAGACAGCAAAAUAGACAGUGGCAAUCUUAAGCCUUCAAUUUUGACAAAGCUGGAGUGAAAAUCCGAAAUGAUGCAGGCCACUUCGCUAUUCGAACAAGAGUGUGGCUGAGCGAAAAGUUUAAAGACUUGCUAAAAAAUCACCUGCUCAUGGGAAGACGUAGCCAAGGUGCCUAAUGUAAGCUCGAUGUGUUUGCAUAUUUGGACAUGAAAAGUUAAAAAUGAAGCUGUCUUAUUGGCUUUGAUCGGCUUUCUCGCAUCAAUACAAGGCGGCGUUACAUUGUGCAAACACUUUCCAUUACUAGGAUGACUGGGAUUCUAUGCUGCCUUGUAAGCUUUAAGACUACGCUGUCCAGAACUUGAAAAAAGUCAUAAGCAUCUUACAAUGUUUCGCUGUGAUGUGGAAGAGAGCUUGUAAUUUGCACAAUUGAUUUAAUCACCAAUGAAGCACUUUACAAGUGAUGCAAGGCUACAUUUCGUGGCCUAAAUGAAUUUCGACCUUAUAUUUUGGAAAAGGCCGCAGCGUAGUCACAACCUAAGAAUCAUUUCAGCACCAUUUUGGAAGUAUUGCAUAUGUGCGACCAGAUUUUGUAAUCGGAUGCAAGAUUAAGCAUGUCACUUUUAGCACCGUCAACACACUUGAGCACAACACCACCAAACUGUUUCCAAGAGCCUAUAACUUUUCAAUGUAGUAGAGCAAUUUAUUGGCUCUGUGUUACUGUGGAUUGCCUGGAGCAGAACACCAUAACUUAGCGUUUUUAUGGUCUUUGCAAAGUGUGCAAUAAGGGGACACAGCUCUCACCCAUUCCAAUUAUGCUACUUGCAUGGCUCACUCCCUUUCAUUCUCACAUUCUGACAUGCCACCAGUACAAUUCCAUUGUUUGGUCGAACUUGAAACAAUAAAAGAAAAACUCUGUUAGCAUCAAAGCAAAUGGUACAAAUGGUCAUGUAAAAUAAAGGCACCAGGACUGUGCACUCUGCGAAAGCAUCAAACCAACGCGUCGCUUUUCGAGGAAAACAGCCAAAUUUCUGAAAUGCAUUUACGUACCAGUGAAUUUGCAGGGCAGAGUGUCUUGACAGACUUUUCAAGAUAAAGCAUGCAAAUGAACUUGGUCAUCCUCACAUAGCUUAAUCUAUUUGCAUGUUCCGUUGUCCUCCAAAGAAUAUCUUAAA